AUGUGGGUCCCAGUCGUGAACUGUUCGCUGGGCCAUCCACUUCUGCUGCUCGCCUGCUGGUUUACUGUUGGCGUCCAUGGCGCUCGCAUAUUGUGCGUCUUUGUGGGCGUGCAUCGAUCGCAGCUGCUUGUCCAUUUGGCAGUGGCGCGAGUUCUGCUGUUGCGUGGUCAUCAGCUGACUGUGGUAACUAGCCAGCCUCUAGAGCACAAUUGGCCCAAGGCGAAUGUAACUCACCUGCUGCUGCCCUGGCAGUUAGCAAAGGAGCAGUUGAUUGAGCCUCAAGCUAACUUCCUAAGUCGCUUGCAAUGGACGCUUGGAAGGCUGGAGAAAUCUGGCGAGCUGCUGGAUCAGCCGGAAUGGCGCAGCUUUAUGGAGCACACUCCAACAACUCCCUACGAUCUGCUACUGCUCGGCUAUCAUUUCAAUGAUCAUCUUCUGGGCGUGGCCGCCCAUUUCAAUUGCCCUGUGGCCAUUAUAACGACGCAGCAGCCAAUUGGCUUUGUGCACAGCCUGUUGGGCAAUCCGGAGGAACGUUGGUAUGUGCCACAGCCCUACGACAGUCGCCAGCGCACAGGACUUGAGGGCUGCAUCUUUGGAUUGUGGGAGAAGCUGUCGGAGCUGCUAGCCAGGCGCGUCAUGCAAAGGAUUUACAGCACUCACUUUCCUUCGCCUCGCUAUCCCAGCUUCGAGGAUAUGCGUCGUCGAGUGGCACUGGCUUUGAGUAAUCAUCACAUGAUCAGCGAGGGACCCAUAGCUCCGCUGCUGCCCAGUAUGCUGGAUAUUGGAGGCAUUGUCAUGGAGCAGACAGAACUGAUGAGUAUAGUUAUACCUCAACGUCCCUUCAUACUCUUUAGCCUGGGCACGCGGUUCAGCUGGCUCACAAUGCCUGGCCGAGUGGAGCAAGUGUUUGUGGAUGCUUUCGCAGAACUAAAGGAUUAUGAUAUAUACUGGACAUACGAUGGAGUUAAUGCUGCUGCUAUUCACUUGGCAAACAGCCAUAUAUAUUUGGAGCAGUGGUUGCCACAAGCUCAGCUGUUGGCUCAGCCCCAGGCGCGGCUCUUCAUCACACAUGGAGGCAAGGGAAGCCUAACUGAGGCACUCUACCAUGGAGUUCCUCUUCUUGGUCUGCCUCUACUAGGCGAUCAGCGUCCAAACCUGCGCAAAAUGCAAGCCAAGGGCUGGGGCUUGACUCUGGACAUUCACAAUGUUAGCCAAGCUCAGCUGUUGGGCUCCAUCAAGAGGCUACUCAAUGAAACGCACUUCAGAGAGAGCAUUCAAAGAUCUUCAGUGCUGUAUCGAGAUCGUCCUUUAAAUGCCAGUGAUGUGGCUGCAUACUGGCUGGAAUAUGUGAUUAGGCAUAAAGGUGCACCGCACCUGUCUGGCAACGCCAGGCAGCUGAACUUCUGGCAGCGCCAGCUGCUAGACGUUAGACUAACGGUCUAUGGUACCUUGGGCCUGCUUAGCUGGUUGGCCCUUUGGCUAAAUAGAAAACUCAACUGUAAUCGCUGA